CUUUUAUUGUUCUUCCUCUUUCUCACUUUAUUGAAAAUGUCUGAUCAAAUCGAAAAGGCCUACCAAAAGCAACACGGUGUCUUCCAAAACUCCAAGGUGUCCUCCAAGAACAAGCGUUGGUUCAAGGAAGUUGGUUAUGGUUUCAAGACCCCCAAGGAAGCCAAGUACGGUACCUACAUUGACAAGAAGUGCCCUUUCGUCGGUGAAGUUAACAUCCAAGGUCGUAUCUUGACUGGUGUUGUUGCCUCUACCAAGAUGAAGCGUACCAUCGUUGUUCGUCGUGAUUACCUUCACUACAUCCCCAAGUACACUCGUUACGAAAAGCGUCACAAGAACAUUUCUGCUCACAUCUCUCCUGCUUUCGAUAACGCCAACGUUGAAAUUGGUGAUAUUGUUACUAUUGGUCAAUGCCGCCCUCUUUCUAAGACUGUCCGCUUCAACGUCCUCAAGGUCCAAAAGGCCAAGAGCGCCAACAAGUCUUUCCAAAAGUUCUAGAUUAGAUUUAUAUCUUUUUUUUUUUGAAAAAUAAAAUCUUUCUUUUUUUGGGUCUUUUA